CUGUUUUUGGCCAGAACCCUUCCUAAGAAGUGGGGAAAUCCUUGUAUUUUGGAUCUAUAGGAGGGGGGGCUGCAUUUAUUUCCUCCUCAGCAUUUGGGGGCAAGAGAAAGAGGUCAAGUGCUUGGAGGUGGAAGACAGCUCCAUUUAUGCCAUAGACACCCUCGCCCGUUGCUCGUCCGCUCUCCCUACCAUGGCAACCACAAGGAGCCCUGCCAGCCCCUGUCAGCUGAAGGAGUUUGACAGCGUCCAAGAUUCCCUUGCCAAUAUCAUCGGCCAGCUCCGAGACAUUGACCCGAGCCACCUCUCUUUCUCGCCAUUUCUGGACCUUGACACCCAGAUUUCAAUGGCGCCCGUCUCGGACAGCCCUGAAUCGUCUCUGGAGGAGCUGCAUUCUACUGAAACAGAGGAGGGAGGAGAAGAAGGAGAAGAAGAAGAAGAAGGAGAAGAGGAGGAAGAAGGGAUGACCUCUCCCAGACCUCUCCCUGGCCAAGCCUUCCCAGACCCUCUGGGUCAACCCAGGCUCCCUCCUCCACAGGCCCCAGAAGAGAGCGACGUGGAGCAGCCCCCCAUGCCUGGGGCCGACACUGUGGCCCCCCGCUUGCCCAAAGAGACGUCCUUUUUGGACUCCGUCCACGUCGUGCCACGCUGCCCCCUUCCUGAUCCCAAGCAAAGGUCAGAAGGCGGCCAAACCGGGACCCUCACGCCGACCAGUCUGCCUCCCUGCGAACACCAGACCUGGCUGGACAUGGGAGAUGGUGCAUGCCCGGUUUUGCACCAUGGCUCCUCAGGAGAGCUGACCGCCCGCUUGGAGGGCAGCGGGGGGCGCCAGCCCUGCUCCAGCGAGCGCAUGAAAGCCGUGGCCUCGGCCUUCGUCGCCCUCCUCCUGGCUCCGUGGUUCCUCUAUGGAAGCUACUACUUCCUUCCGCUGCCAGCCCCUGCCUGCCCGGAUCUUGCCGGCCGGAUCGCCUUGGCUCUUCGCUGCCUGCCGGUCGCUGGGCUGCCUAUUCUCCUCGGCAUUGUUCUGAGGGCUUUUUCUGCCUUGUGCCUGGACAACGUCGGCCCCCUGGGCACUCGCUCUCGGCCCUUCCUGCUCCACCAGCUUUUUGUCAUGGGCUCUGUGGACCAGCUCUCCGUCUUUGCCCUCAACGUGGUGGUGACGGCGACAUUCCUCCCUCAGGAGCACCUGGGUCUCAUCCCGAUCCUCGUGGGGCUCUUUGCUGUUGGAAGGUGCUGCUACUGGGCCUGCCUGCACCUCUGUAGCACAUACCGUGGGUUCGGGUUCGGCCUCUCCUUCUUCCCGACAGUCGCCAUGAGUAUCUAUAACCUCUUCUGCCUCUACCAUCUGGGCUUGGGGUUCCUGUUCACCACCUUGCCCGACGUCCGCAACACAUCCACUCCGACGCUCGAACUGACUAUGCCCAAGAGAUGAGGGACGAGGCGCCUACAAAACUGUCUCUGCCCCCCACCCCCUUCUCAAGCUCCCCAUCCCUGCAAAAAACCAGCAACUCUGCAACACCCCUCUAAAUUUCUGGGUCAACUCCAGGAGGACUUAAAAGAGACCAGCCAUCUGCUUCGAAACACGGGGUUUGUUUGCAAAAUCCCAGUGGCUUUGCAAGAAAGGACUAAAUUUGCAGGCAGGGUCAAAUGCUCCUCCCUUAAAAAGGCAAAUGUUAGCAUUUCAGAAGGAAGCUAGGAUGGAGCUCCCCCCCCCCCUGAAAUACUGAAUUUUCACACGCAGGGGAUUUUUUGCCGCUUCCUGGUACACUCAUACCCCAUGUUACGUCCGCUUCAUGUUACGUUCUUUCAGGUUACGUCCUGCAGCGACCAGAAAGGGUUAC